AUGGUAGUGGAGGCUCUGGUUCCUCUUCUUGAAAGCGACAUUCAUGCGAUGAAUGAAGAAUAUUCAGCUUCAAUUGGGAAUGAAAUGAAGAAGGGAAAUAAAAAAACGCAUUUUUCAAUCAAAGGUAGUAUACAAGUCGGGGAACUUUGGACAAAUGGACUUAUUUGUGCUUUUGAAUUCGUGAGGGAAAAGGGACAUACCAAGAAGAAGGGGUUUCAAAUGAACCAAAGUGGAAGCAGUUUGCUUGAAUCACAUGACGAUUUGGGUGAGAAGGAUCACCAGCCAGUUCAACCUGAUUUCCAUUGCAAAGAAGAUCUUCCAAGGAGUUAUUGGAGACCAAUUGGUUGGGAUAGAGUUUCUGAACUUGACCAGGCAGUGCAUGCACACUCCUUUGAUUUCACAGAUGAUGAGAGUGAUAUUCCUGUUGCUGAUGUAGCAACUCCUUACUGGGAACGGCCAGUGGGGCCCAUUUGGUGGUGUCAUUUGGAUGCUGCUGAUCCUUUUGUUACUGCAUGGUUUGGUAGUUCUCGCUGGUUGCAUCCUGCCAUCAGCCUUGCUUUGCAAGAAGAAAGCAGAUUAAUAAGUGAUAGAAUGAAACACCUUCUCUAUGAGGUUCCUGUUCGAGUUGCUGGAGGAUUAUUGCUUGAACUUCUCGGGCAAUCUGCUGGCGAUCCAUUUGCUGAGGAAGAUGACAUUCCUAUUGUCUUACGGGCAUGGCAGGCACAAAACUUUUUGGUGACUGCUCUGCAUGUUAAGGGCUCUGCAUCAAAUAUCAACGUGCUAGGUAUUUUAGAAGUUCAGGAACUGCUGGCUGCAGGAGGUGCUAACAUACCAUGCAGCAUUCAUGAGGUCGUAGCACACCUAGCCUGCCGACUUGCCCGAUGGGAUGAUAGGUUGUUUCGUAAACACAUAUUUGGAGCUGCAGAUGAAGUUGAAUUGAUGUUUAUGAACAGGAGGAACCACGAGGAUUUACAUCUGUUUCCUAUAAUACUGAACCAAGAAAUUAGAAGAUUAUCAACCCAGGUUAUAAGAGUGAAAUGGUCACUCCAUGCUCGAGAGGAAAUUGUUUUUGAACUUCUUCAACAGCUGAGAGGAAAUGCAGCAAGAGAGUUGCUGCAAAGUAUAAUAAAGAGUACAAGGGACAUGAUUGAGGAGCAAGAAGCAGUUCGAGGUCGCUUAUUCACGAUCCAAGAUGUCAUGCAAAGCACAGUUCGGGCAUGGUUGCAGGACAGAAGCCUCACAGUUACCCAUAACUUGGGAAUAUUUGGGGGUUGUGGUCUUAUUCUUUCCAUCAUCACUGGACUAUUUGGCAUAAAUGUGGAUGGAAUACCUGGAUCUUCAGGAUCUCCUUAUGCCUUUCUUCUGUUCUCCGUGGUUCUCUUUGCGCUAGGGGUUGUGCUGAUUGGAAUUGGAUUGCUUAUUCUUGGGGUGAAAAAACCCAGCAUUGAAGAAAAUGUUGCACUGAGAAAACAAGAGCUUCAAGAUCUAGUCACGAUGUUUCAACAUGAGGCAGAAACUCACGUGCAAGUACGAAAAAAGGUGUCUCACAAGGAUGUUCCUCAACUCAAAGUGAUACUGAAAUCAGAUAUGUUGAAAUGUAAAAAAGUAAAUUAUUCCAAGGCUGAUUUGACUUGCAAAAUGAUUAAUCUCUUGAAAUCUUUGGGUGCUUAG